UGACCUUGAAAUGUGUUCCGAAUGUCGACAUGAUGGCAGGACUUUUGGUAUUCAGGAAAACAAAGCGACAAAACAAUCGUGUUCGAUCAAUGAAUCGUUAUUGCUCAUCCCUCCAGAAAAAGUCCAGCCCGCGAUCGGCGUCCAUCUGCGACUCGCCCGCCAAAUCGUGAACGCUGAUUUGUAUCCACUUCCCCUCCGACGUCACCCAUCUCGCCGAGCGUGGACUUUAAUCAUGCACCACUCGAUCCAACUUGACCUUUUCUUCGUAACGCAUCGCAGCUGAAGGCUGGUCCUUCGCUGCACACGCCCACUAUCUUUACCGAGCUGUUUUGGACAAUAACUCGGCCUCUUGCGAAAUUAGUAUAACCUUGAACAUUUGCACAAUUGGGAUCUGGAUCGCGUCGCAGUAUAAAAGUUUGACCAUGACAUUAUCGCGAGAACAACUCCAUCUUGGAUCCACAAGUCUCUCAUCUCCAAUUCGCCAACUCUGUUUCCUUUCCACAGGCUGUUUGGCAGGUUUCGCAAGUCUGCCGAUGGCGUUCCUGCCAAAACUUCCUUCCAUCUCCGCAGCGACUCCACUAGUUCUUCGCGCUGGAAUCCGCUUUUGGACUUUUGAUCAGACACGUCAUCUUCUGGCUCCUCUGCAUCUGCCUGUCUGGUUAAUAGGUGGGCUAGGAGGUGCAGCAGGAGGCUUCAAUGAAGUUCUACUACACUCCUUAGUUCAGUCUAGGAAACUUCCCUCUGCAACUGCCCUGGGAGCACAAACACUACGGCUCUUCCUCUGCUUCGGUACCUUUACAUAUCUGAGCACUUCUUUCAGUGAUACACUACCACCAAAGCCGUUCUGGAAAUGCUGGCUCAUGGGAGCUACUGCUGGCGCUACGGGAAGUGCUAUCGUGGCUGCUCUAGAAGGCACAAGCGGUACGGCUCUCUGGGGCCGCGCAAUUCCUAGAGGUGCUGCUACAAUCGGCACUGUGAUUGCCGUGCACGUCACUAGUUGUGCGAAACUCAUCGAAGUUGUAGAUGCCGGAGACUGACACUUCCAUGAACCCGAAGCUCCUAGCCCCAUGCUAGCUGAAGCACUCAAGCGUUCGGGUCUGCACUUACAGAGCCAUCGAAUUACUAUCUACAUCCGUUUCCACAGGCUCUAACAAUUACUCAAUGGAGCUGAAAAGCAGCAUAGUCCACUUGCGCUUCGCGUUUAAAAUGCAGGAGAAUGGUAUGAAAAGACCUUUCCUCUUCCAGUUUCCUGACACCAUUCAAGACCUCACAGAAGAAGUAUUGCAACUGCCCAAGCUUGAAUAUCGUGUCAUCGAGUACACAGCUUCAGGACCACGACAAUGGGCUUAGCAUAUUUGACAGAGUAGCCGAGA